AUCUGGUUCACCCCCACUUUCGCCCAAUCAAAUUGUCACCGGAGCAUUCCGGCUUUUUUCUCUCUCUUCUUCUUCCAUUUGCCCUUUCUCUCUCUAAUUUUUUAAAAGUUAAGUUUUCUCAAAUUCAGAUCGGGAAAAAUCCUCAUUUAAAUCCAUAUAAGAAAUACCGAUUCGAAUAACAGUUGGUUCGAAUCGUGAGAGACAAUGGGGGAUUUCAAUUUAGCCUUGGUAAUCGUUGCAAUAGUCGUGUGUGUUCUGGUGUUUAUAUUCAAUUUGUACCUCCUUGUAAACUACCAGCAUCCAGAUGAUGCUAAUCAGGCGUAUUUCCCCAAAUUCGUCGUUGUUUUGGGUCUCUCUGUUGCAGCAAUUUCAAUUUUAAUGCUUCCAGCAGAUGUGGCUAACCGGCAGGCUUGCAGGCACGCAAUUUAUAAUGGGGCGUGUAAUCUUACGCUCCCGAUGAAGGACCUGUGGCUCGCCAUCUACAUUAUUGAUGCUAUCCUUGUGUUUUUCGUCAUUCCAUUUGCAAUGUUCUACUAUGAAGGCGACAUGGAUAAAAGUGUUUGGAAAAGGAUGAAAAGUGCAUUGUUGUGGGUGAUAACGACAGCUAUUGUUUGUGCUUUGGUGCUAGGGAUUUUGUAUGGACUUGUCGGUAAGGUGGACUUCACAGUUCGACACCUAUCCUCGUCCACUGAACCCUUUCCAUCUACUUGGGGCCUCACCCGUGGUCAGCAGUGUGUUGGAAGUGGAGCACGGCAGUGUUCUGCAUAUUCUGCCAGUGCUUCAUCCGAGACAACAUGGACUAUGCGAACUACCUUCCCAGAAUAUGUUGUUGCUCUAGCUACAAUUGCUGGAUCUGUGCUUUUCACUAUAUUUGGUGGUGUGGGCAUUGCUUGCCUCCCAUUGGGACUUAUAUUUUCAUUCAUCAGACGUCCAAAGGCUGUUAUAACACGUUCGCAGUAUAUCAAGGAAGCAACUGAACUUAGUAAAAAAGCUAGAGAAUUGAAAAAAGCAGCUGAUGCACUUCAUCAAGAGGAAAGGAGUGGUAGUAAGGGAAGAAAAUGGCGUAAAAAUGUGAAAGCAGUAGAAAAGGAGCUACUUCUCUUGGAAGAAGAUGUGAAGGCAUUGGAAGAGAUGUACCCUCAAGGUGAAAAGGCUGAGGCUUCAUGGGCUAUGACUGUUCUUGGCUACCUAGCCAAACUUGUACUGGGAGUUCUAGGGUUGAUUGUUUCAGUGGCUUGGAUUGCACAUAUUGUCAUAUAUUUGCUGAUUGACCCUCCUAUUUCUGCAUUCCUUAAUGAGAUCUUCAUCAAAUUGGAUGAUGUUUGGGGUCUCCUGGGGACUGCAGCAUUUGCAUUCUUCUGCUUCUAUCUUCUGCUUGCAGUCAUUGCUGGGGCAAUGAUGCUUGGAUUGAAAUUAGUUUUUAUAACUAUCCAUCCUAUGAAAUGGGGAGCCACACUCAUGAAUUCUUUUCUUUUUAAUGUGGGCCUCAUUCUCCUUUGCUCAAUCAGUGUGAUCCAGUUCUGCGCCACUGCAUUUGCAUACUAUGCACAGGCUACUGCUGCUCAAGAAAUCUUUGGUCACACCUUGCAAUCUCUUCGGGGAAUCAAAUAUUUAUACAAGUAUAAUGUGUUUCAGAUCGGAUUCAUUAUUCUGGCAGGGCUGACUUUUGUGUAUUACUCAGCUUUUGGGUGGAGAAGAAAAAAGCCCAGUGGAAGAUUCCAGCUUUCCACAUAAGAAUUUGGUGCCGUGAACACAUCUAACAGGUGGAUCUGCUGCUCUUCUUGAUCUAUCUUUGGUGUGAUUGAUGUAAAUUAUUGGAUGCACGUACCUUGGUUUUGUUCGAUGGGGAAGAAUGCCAAACAUGAUUAAAGAUCCAAUCUGCGGAAUUUUUAUGUCCUACAUGUUAGUACUACUGCUGCUGCUGCUGAUGUUUUUUCUUCUUUCGCCUGUUUUCCCUCCGAAUGUAUGUUCAUUUAUUUGAUUAUAUCAAGAAUCGUCUUUGCAUGUAGUUUUCGGCAUUUGAAUACUGAAUUGAGAAUUACCAGUUCUGUAUUAUAGUGUCAUUGAGUAUAAGAUUUCUUGAGUAGCAUGUUUCA